AUGGGCGUAAAACGUUUCCGGAAUGGGUAUUUGAUCCGACUCGACCGUUUCCUAGCCAGACAAUUCCAGAUAAAUUCAUCCAACCUACCGUCAUAGAGGUCAUGUAUUGUGCAGCAUGUGAUAUAAUAUUAUGUGUCUCGUCCACCGUAAAUGUGGUACACAGGGUCGUGACAGGGAUGUUACGAUGGCGUGGCCUGCAGAACGGUGCUGAUUUUGCAGAAGAACUGCUUGCAUUACGUCUGCAAUCUUGAACCAUGUAAAGAUAACCUCCUCCGAAACGCUGACCAAAUGAGAGGUCACAUCUAUUCUUCCCACAAGGAACAGGUACUAUUGGAAACCGACCUUUUCUUUGGAUGCCCUGCCCAAAUGACUGAAGGUUGCGAGGCGAUCGCGAAGGCAUCCACGAACCACAUGGUGUCACAUGUGACAGCGAUGCAUCCUUUGCUGUGCGGCAAGCCUGAAUACUCGGGGAACGCCUUGCAGAAACGAAUGGACCUCGUGAUAAAAAUGGACCAGCGGCGUGUGCGUGUUGGAGAGACUUUAGACGGUUUGUUGGAGGAUUGUGUUGAGAGCAACUCUGAUAAAAAAAUGCAGCGGUACUUGUGGAAGUAUUUAUGCCCUGAUCAGGAUUGCUCGGUAAUGUACUGGGUGCGAGAUUACAUGGUUUGGCACAUUGGAGCUGAUCAUCAGCCUCUCUGGAACACUGCCUAAAAACGUAUCUGCAUAAUAUGGAUCUUCUGGUUGUACAGAUACUAUUUUAUAUACAGUACCUUUUCUGGCUUUUGAUAUAUACGGUACCUUUGAUGUUGGUUGCAGCGUGUCUGGCCUCCCUAUUUGAGCAAGGGGAGAAACAUGUGUUCCCGACUAUUUUUAUUAUUAUUUUAAAAUUUGUUAUCAUGGAUAAAA